AUGGAAGAGGAACUUGUAAAGCUCAAAGAUGGUGGAAUAAUCAAGCCAACUAGAUAUUCCACUUGGGUGUCAAAUUUGGUUCUGAUCAGGAAGAAGAAUGGGGAUAUAAGGUUGUAUGUAGAUUUCAGGAACCUAAAUAUGUCUUCACUUAAGGACAAUUAUCCAGUACCAAACAUGGAAUCCAUUUUGCAAAAGUUUGGUUGGUGGCAGUCUUAUGUGGUUUACUUGGGAGGGCAUCAUGAUGGAAGAUUGAGUGCUGUUGAGGUUGCAGAUUCUCAUUAUGAACUCCUGUCAUCUGUUUUGGGAAGCAAAGAAGUAGCCAAGGAUUCAAUCUUCUAUUCAUACACCAAAACUAUUAAUGGGUUUGCUGCUAAACUCCCGGAAAAUCAUGCUCUUGCUCUUAAAAAACAUCCUGGAGUAAUAUCGGUAUUUCCUAACAGUCGGCGAAAGUUGCAAACAACUCAUUCAUGGGCUUUCCUGGGCUUAGAAGAUGUCAAUCGACAGAUCCCUCCGCAAUCGCUAUGGAGAAAAUCAAAUUUUGGAAAAGAUGUCAUUAUUGCUAACUUUGACUCAGGUGUGUGGCCUGAAUCUGAAAGCUUCAGUGACAAGGGUUUUGGCCCCGUCCCUAGCCGCUGGAAGGGAAUUUGCGAAAAUAGCACUGGAUUCACUUGCAACAGGAAGCUGAUUGGAGCAAGAUACUUUCACAAGGGAUUUGAGGCUGAAAAUGGGCCUCUUGACCCCAAGGCAGGGGAACAACUUUCGGCGCGAGACGAUCAUGGGCACGGAUCUCAUACCCUGUCCACAGCGGGUGGGACUUAUGUGGAAAAAGCAAAUGUUUUGCGAUAUGGUCAUGGAGUUGCAAAGGGAGGGGCUCCUGCUGCCAGAGUUGCAACCUACAAGGUUUGUUGGAGCAAUGGCUCGGCAGAGUUCGGAUGCUAUGAUGCAGACAUUCUUGCAGCAUUUGAUCAAGGGAUAUAUGAUGGAGUAGACGUGAUCUCUAUUUCUCUUGGAGGUAUCCAGGGUGCAUUACUUCUACUUUCUGAUGGGGUUUCCAUUGGAUCACUCCAUGCUGUCCAGAAAGGAAGGGUUGUGGUUUGUUCUGCAGGAAAUGAUGGUCCAAGUGCAGGCACUGUAUUGAAUGUGGCUCCAUGGGUUAUAACUGUAGGAGCAAGUACCACAGAUAGACAAUUUGCCUCAGUUGCUUUCUUAGGAAACAAGACAACUUGUAAGGGACAAAGCUUAUCACAGUUCCCUCUAAAAAGGAGACGGAUGUACCCUCUGGUAUCUUCAAUAGAUGUUAGAGGUAGAGGUGUAAAUGAAAGUGCUGGGGAGUCGUGCUACCCUGGAUCUCUAGAUCCCCGAAAAGUUAAAGAUAAGAUUGUUGCCUGUGAACUGGGUAUCAAUCCCAGAGUGGAGAAAGGCGAAGAAGUUCGCAGGGCAGGAGGCGCUGGCAUGAUUCUCUACAAUGAUAUUGGAGAAGGUGACAGUUUUGUCGCAGAUGCUCAUGUUCUUCCUGCAACAGAAGUGGAAGUAGUUGAUGGGUUGAAAGUUCUCGAUUAUAUCAAAUCUACAAAGUCCCCUGUUGCUUAUAUUUCUCCAGUGAGAACCGAGUUCAAUACAACGCCAGCUCCACUGAUGACAAGCUUCACCUCUUUAGGCCCAACUAUUCUUAUGCCAGGCAUACUCAAGCCUGAUAUUGCAGCUCCAGGGUUGAACAUCCUUGCAGCAUGGUCAGGAGUUGGAUCCCCAACUGGCCUUGAUUUUGACCAUAGGAAGACUGCUUUCAAUGUAAUAUCGGGCACGUCUAUGGCAUGCCCUCAUGUAGCUGGUGUUGCAGCAUUACUAAAGGCAGCAUAUCCUCAAUGGAGCCCAGCAGCCAUAAGUUCAGCCAUUAUGACUUCAGCUACCAUAAUGGACGACAUCAAGGGAGCUCAGAAUGUAUUGUGGAACCCAGGUCCUUUCGCCUUCGGUGCAGGUCAUAUCAACCCAAAUAGAGCUGGAGAUCCUGGCCUAAUUUAUGAUUUAUCAAUGAAUGACUACUACACAGUCUUAUGCAUUUUAGGCUGGACACCAGAGAUGAUAAAUAGAGCAACUGGUGUACAAUUCUCUUGCCCAGCAGAUGCUGCAAUAUACAACCUCAAUUAUCCUUCCAUUACUGCAGUAUCACUAGAUGAACCUCGGAUAUUGAAGAGAACUGUGACAUAUGUUUCAAAUGGACCAGAGACUUUCAAAGCAGAGGUGAGAUCUCCCCCCGAAGUGGUAGUUGCAGUGAAGCCCAACAUCCUUCACUUCACUAAGACAGGGGAGGUGAAAUCAUUUGAGGUGGUGAUGCGACCCAAGCCUAGUUUAAGAAUCUUUGGUUUUGGAUCUUUGACAUGGAAAAGUGCUAAACAUGUUGUGAGAAGUCCUAUUGUUGUGUGUAGUGGUAAUUGUUUUUAGAUCAACUAAAGACGAAACCACCCACUGGAAUUUAUCUUCAGGUUAUUUUGGUUCACUUAUCAUCAUUUUGUAGCACUGACCCAGGAAUCAAGCUAAAUAAACACCAUUUUUUAAUCCCUGAUGAGGGAUUUAUUUAUUUAUUACGCCGAAGGCGUACCCUAUUUGAAGUAAUUGAGUUAACUCUCAAGAUCAACGGUUUACAUCUUCUAAAAAUUGAUGCAAGACGAUCGAACUUGUCAUGACCAUGGAUAUUGAAUUCACAAAUUUAAAUUAAUAAUAGUAUAAUUUUG